AUGGCCGCCGUUUCAGCACAAACCCCUGUCAUCAAACACCAUGGCGAUAGCUCAUCUCAUUAUCCUCUGUCGAAUGACACUAUGGAGCGAGAACGUCUCCAUUUCCAACAUGAAGCAGUAAUGGCGUUGAUGGAGCAAGAGCCGAUCCACGCUCCAAUCCUCGGCCACCCAGUCAAGAAAAUCAUAGACAUCGGCUGUGGUGUGAACGCUGAUAUGACGAAAGUCCUCGCACAGAGAUUUCCGGUGGCCAAGGUAUACGGCGUAGAUCUCUCAGCAAUUGACGCCGAAGGCGUUGCCAGCAAUGUCGAAUUCAUUCGCGGGAAUAUUGCGAAUUUGAUUGGAGUUGACGAGAGGCUAACUCCAGGCAGUGCUGACUAUGUCUUCAGCCGGUUCCUCGUAGCCGGGAUUGAUGACUGGGAGGCUCACAUCAAGGCUGUAGCGAGGUUGUUAGCGCCUGGUGGGUGGUUGGAGAUGCAUGAUCUCAAAGUGUUGCAUUGGUACAGCCUCCAGACGGGCGAAUGUCUGUCACGCGAAUGGGAGUGGUUGAAGUCCCUCGAGAAGCGGGAACCGACGUCGGACAAGAGCGAUCUGCAUGGUAUCAAAGACUGGAAGGGGUGGUUCAGAAGUGCUGGCUUGAAUGAUGUCGUCGUGAAGCCAUACCGUCUUAGAUACGAGCCGACCCCGAUUCCUGAAGAGCCAGCUGCUGAGCUGUAUGCGCAGCACGGGACGACGAUGUCCUGGAUCAGUUUCGGUACGUCAUGCGAGCGCUGGUUUCCAGGUCCUGAGAACGCCGAGAAGAGGCGCCACUUGAUUGAGGGGUGCAAGCAGAACUUGAGGGGCGAGAAGGGUAAGCAUUUGCCCAUCGUUGCGGUUUGGGGCCAGAAGCCGGGCAACUAG